ACGCCGGGGGGGGGGCAGUCACGUGGGAAGAUGGACCCGGUGCUGUACGUAUUGGCUGCGGCGCUGUUGGCCGCCCUCAUCGUCUUUGCCACCCGGUUCCGGGGCCAGGCGCAGGCAGCUGACGAGGAACACCAGCGAAAUGUGGCAGCUGUGGUGGCCAGGCCUCGGCCUCACACCGAUGAGCGGGGAGAAGGGAUGCCCAGACGCCGAAGGAACAUGGGCAGCAGGAUGCUGGCCCAGAGGAGAGCACAACAGGCAGAAGAUGGGAUGGAAGAGGAAGAUGAUGGAGAUGAGGCUGCAGAAUUUCAGUCGUCUGGGAAAAUCGGAGCAAAGAAACAGAGGAAACUAGAAGAGAAACAAGCCAGAAAAGCCCAGAGAGAGGCUGAAGAAGUAGAGCGUGAGGAACGGAAAAAACUCGAGUCAAAGAGAGAGGAGGAAAGGCGGAAAGAAGAGGAGAGAUUACGCCUUGAAGAAGAAAGACAGGAAGAGGAACAAAAGAAAGCAAAAGAAGAAAAGGAGCAGAGGGAGCAUGAAGAGUACCUCAAGCUGAAGGAGUGUUUUGUAGUUGAAGAGGAGGGUGUCGAAGAAGCAAUGACCGAGGAAGAGUCCCAUAGCUUUCUAACGGAAUUUAUCAACUACAUUAAGAAUGCAAAGGUGGUUCUUCUGGAAGACCUGGCUUCCCAUUUGGGGUUAAGAACCCAGGAUGCAAUUAAUAGAGUACAAGACCUGAUGGCAGAUGGCACUCUAACAGGUGUGAUUGAUGACCGAGGAAAGUUCAUCUAUAUCACUCCAGAGGAGAUGACCGCAGUGGCUCAGUUUAUCAAACAGAGAGGACGAGUCUCCAUUGCAGAACUGGCCGAAGCAAGCAAUUCCCUCAUCAACCUCCAACCUGAGAGCAGAGCUGUCACUCAGAGCACGGCGUGAUAAUGCAUUUCACAGUGUGGGAAGAUACUGCAGUAGAGUAAAUUAAUAACACGCAGGUCAUUAAAAAAAAUCCCUGUCUAUUCAUAACCGUGAAAAAGAGAUGUGGUGAUUACUUCUAAACAUGAACUGCAAGACAUUAUCCAAUGUUUUGCUUCUCAAUUGAUUAGAGUAAAUAAUCAGAAUAAAAUGGAGCCACAUCUUCCUUUCACCCUCCUCCCCCCCCCCCCCCCCCCCCGAGGACACUAAAAAGAAUCCAGGGCUAAACUACACUCUCUGGUGCAUCUGCGGCUCCGUGAUUUUAAUGACUGCCCUGUGGACGCAUUAGAGGGUGGAAUUUAGCCCCAAGUGCACAUAAAAGCACAGCCAAACUUUUGAGUUUGCUCUGAAAGCUCAGAGCCCUGUGAGCUGGACAAGCAUGCUGGGUACUUGUAUGCGCCCUACCAAUCAGACCAUUUUGCUUCCAAAUCCCGCGUCCGUGUCACAUACAGUUGCUUUUGAAACUGCAGUUGGCAUUACCCAGGCUAGCUAUGCAACUGUACCAUGUUAUACUCCUAGUUUUAAGGUUUUCUUCUGGGCAUGCUGGAUAUGGGCUGAAACAAUAGAUCUAUGCAGAUGACAUUUGCAGAUUUUACUGUAUUAUCUACAAUUGAUGUAGAAGAUAAAAAGCAAACUAUAUUAGACGUUUCCCUCUGUUCUGGUUGUAAUGAUAAUUCUUUAUAUAGCACUUCACAGGUUCAAAGAACUUCAAACGUUCUCUUGCUUAAAAGCCUUUGCCAACGAAAUGCCUCUGUUUUCUUGUUUAUAUAAUGCCAAAAGUGUGGCAAGCAGCCAAAGCGCACUCUUGUUGUGUCUGCAACCAGAAAGAGACAGACACACGCAGAGCAACAUGAACAGCUCCAGCUUACUGUACAGAUCAGUCCUAAUUAUGGUCAACCUUGUGUACCCCGUUAUAUCCUGACAUGCCUUCCGUGUGAAUGCAGAUGCCAAGUCAGUGAGACUGACAUGUAACUACUAAAAGGUUUGGGUGUUCUGGAUUGUUUUAAAAAAAAUAACACAAGGAGACUAACUUCCAGGAUUUUCGAAGUGCAAUUGUUGCAACCAAGAGAAUAUUUCUAAGAGAUUGUUGCAUCGUUGUAGCUUUAAAUGUUUUAUUGGGAGGUGGGGAGAUUUAUUGCCUAUAUGAGACUAAUUUGCUAUAUAGUCAGAUGGGUGCUCUGCUAAUUAUCUUUCUUCUGCUAUAAACACCUUGUACUUGGUGAAUCUGACAUACAGUAAUUAGGCACUGGGUUUUGUCCUUACAAAACUUCUUUUUAGGUCAAGGUAGAACUGAGCUGAAUGGAAAUCUUGCUGUUCUGAUUCAUUGUAAAUGUGAUGAUGUAGCAACAACAACACGCAAAUGAAAUGUUUCUGUUAACAACGCCAUUCCUGCCAAACCUACCAGCUAUGGGAGGCAACGUUCAGCUGUAAUGCUGCCUCAUGUACCUGAUAUGAAUGCUGACACGUUUCAGCAUCCUGCAGAGGCCGGCAGUCACCAGCAGAUACAUUGGAUGAUUUAAGGCUUUUCAAAGUGUCUGAAUUAUUCAGAGUUGGGUUGGGGUUUAUGCUGCUGCUAUCUCUUUUGUUUUGUCCUCUCCUGAUAUGGACUGUUUUCCUAGUAAAAUAAAUACAGUGGAGAGAAUUGC